UUGUCUCAGACCCACCAUACUUUUCACCUGCGCGCCAACUGCUCACCGUGUAGUUUGCUGCCGGCUCUGGAACAGCCCGGUCAUCACGUCGCGUUCGGUUCCGUUCCGUUCCGAAUCCGAAUUAGAAUCCGAAUCCGAUUCGAAGAGUCGAGCUGGGGAUACAUCGGUGUUUCCGGGCAAGAGUGCGUACAAUUGUGAAAGUGUCGGAGCUACACCCACCAGGGGUACACCGCGAUCAGAGUGGACACAUCGACCUCGGUAUCUGGUUGUUUGCGAAGUGGACAAAAGACCGUCGGCAAAAGUCACUGUUGGUGUGAAGCUACAGGGCUCAUUAGCCCGGCAAAAUCAGAAGGCGAUUCUAAAGGCAAAAUCCCUACAAUAUCCGGCUAUUAAGGAGGAGAAGGAAGCCGCUGUCUUCGAGCUCAGACUAGAUCGCCCUCCUGGAUUAUGGGCAUAUCGGAGGAAAUCAAGCUGGAGGAACUACCGCAAGAAGCCAAGCUAGCGCACCCGGAUGCCGUAGUGCUGGUGGACCGCGCCCCAGGAUCGUCGGCCGCCUCCGCCGGCGCAGCGCUGACGGUUUCGAUGUCGGUCUCGGGCGGAGCGCCCAGUGGGGCAAGUGGAGCAAGUGGGGCAAGUGGAGCCAGUGGGGGCACCAACAGCCCCGUUUCGGAUGGCAACAGCGACUGCGAGGCGGACGAGUACGCCCCGAAGCGGAAGCAGCGGCGCUAUCGCACAACCUUCACCAGCUUUCAGCUGGAGGAGCUGGAGAAGGCCUUCUCGCGGACCCAUUAUCCCGACGUGUUUACGAGAGAGGAGCUGGCGAUGAAAAUUGGAUUAACCGAGGCGCGCAUUCAGGUUUGGUUUCAAAAUCGGCGCGCCAAGUGGCGCAAGCAGGAGAAGGUCGGCCCCCAGUCGCAUCCGUAUAAUCCCUACCUGCCCAGCGGCGCCGCCACCAUGCAGACGGUGGUUGGGGCCGCCCUACCGCCCAAUCCCUUCACCCACCUGGGCUUCCAGCUGCGCAAGCCCUUCGACGCCCAACAUGCCGCCAACCUGGCCGCCUUCCGCUACCCGCACCUCUCGGCGGCCCCCAUGAUUCCAUCGGGCUACUUUAACCAAUUCCAGAGGGCUCCUCCCCAUAUGUUGCCACAUGGAAUGGCGGGCAUGUACUCACCCUCGAGCUCCUUUCAAUCCUUGCUGGCCAAUAUGACGGCCGUUCCGCGAGGUCCUCCACUUGGAAAACCUCCCGCCCUGCUGGUGGGAUCUCCCGAUCUGCAUUCGCCCAACCACAUGCUCGCCUCACCGCCCACAUCGCCCGUCUCCGGGCACGCCUCCCAGCAUCAACAACACCCAACCGCGCACCCACCGCCCCCUCAGGCGCCUCCUCAAAUGCCAGUUGGAGUCCAGCCUGCUCAGCUUUCUCCCCAACAGCUGGUUGGGAUCGCCUUGACCCAACAGGCCUCGAGUCUAUCGCCCACCCAGACUUCCCCGGUGGCCCUGACUUUGUCGCACUCUCCCCAACGACAACUGGCUCCACCACCUCCAUCGCAUCAGCCACCGCCGCCACCUCCCAGAGCUGCAACGCCACCCGAGGACAGACGCACCUCCUCCAUUGCCGCACUGCGUCUGAAGGCCAGGGAGCACGAACUGAAACUGGAGCUGUUGCGCCAGAAUGGACAUGGAAACGAUGUGGUCAGCUAGCUGGAAGAGCAAUUAGGAUUCAAGCGCAAAAUUGAUGUUACGAAGGUCAGCGAGGAUACCCCAAACCCAAGUGCAAAAAGAUUUCCAAUUCACAGUAGUCCUAAACUAAUAAGUUAUUCAAUUGUAUUUACUUAAGCCCCAAAUUUAAAUAAAUUCAA